AUGUCAGGUGAACCAGAACCUCGUCGAUCUGUGCGUGCCACCAAAGGUCAACACACGAAAGCCUUUGAUCAGCUAGAAAACGGACCCGAACCCCCUAAGAGGCGACAGUCCAAGAAGGGAAAGAAGGCGGCUGAGAAAGACGAAAAACAUGACGAAGAUGAAGAAAUUAUUCGAUGUAUCUGUGGCGCGACAACGCAAGACGAUGACGAUACGAAUGAGCCCUGGAUUGCGUGUGAUAAGUGUGGUGCUUGGCAGCAUAAUGUGUGUAUGGGGAUGAGUGUUUUCACCGAAGACUUAACUAGAGAUUACUUCUGUGAACAAUGCGCCCCCGAUGAUCAUAAGCACACCCUUGAAGCUAUGAAGAAGGGGGAAAGGCCAUGGGAAGGCCGUCGCCAAAAGUAUGAGGAGGACAAGAAGCGGAAGAAGGGUGGCAGGAAGGGCAAAGCUAAACGCCUCAGUGAUCCGAAAGACCGUGCCUCCCCAAGUGCUAUAAAUACUAUGAAUGCUAAGCCCAAGGCUUCACCAACGCCAGACGCUAAGAAGGAAGAUCCCGUAACAGAGCCCGUAAUGAAGGCGAAACGCAAAUCUCGCGACCAUUCCCAGGGACCACAGAUCAAGCAUCGAAAGAUAUCAGAGGCCCAAGCAGUUUCAGUGCCAGUGCCAGUUCCAGCUCCAGCUUCAGCCCCGACUCCAACGACACCAGCAGCACCAGCAGCACCAGCAACACCAAUAGCUCCAGCAGCUCCAGCAGCUACAGCUGCUCCAGUAGCACCACCUGCUCCAUCGGUUCCCGAUUAUACUCCUCCUAGCGAUCUCUCGGAUAGCAUCCAGAAACUUGAAGAUAGUCGAAAACAGGCUGCCAUAGCCUUACAAGGAUCGCUUGAUGUUGCGGUUGACUUAACAGAGAAGAAGGGGCUCUACUCCAUCCCCCAAGGUUCAACCAAGAAGAGUGUGACGGAACGCCUGGCACUCGAGAUUGAGCGAGCGUUUCAAGAUACACACGCCAACCAUUCACAACUUCGUACCCUCAUGUUCAGUUUGAAGAACAACGUCGAACUUGCGUCGCAGGUGCUCAACAGGUCGUUGCCACCUACGUCAUUUGUAGUGAUGACUAGUGAUGAGCUUGCAACCAAAGAAUUGCAGCGUGAGACAGCGGAGAUGAAAGCACGUGCUGAGAAACAAGCGAUCCUAAUCACAGAGGAUGCACCUCGAAUUCGACGAACUCUGAAGGGGGAAGAAGUGGUCGAGCCAUAUCAUCUUGUUGCUGACUCAGAUGACACUCCAUCGACUUUACGCCGUCAAGCUGUGCGAGAGGCGAGUGAUGCAAAACAUUCAAGCAAUGAGCUGGCUAACUCCACGCACAUGAGGUCAAACUCUUCAAGCGGGCCUCUUCGAGUUGAUACUCAAGUAUCGCAGCAAUCGCCAAAGAGAUCCGAUUUUGAUAUUGGCAAAGUCUUCUCUAGCGUGCGCUCACCGUCGACGCCACAUCCGAGACGAGCUUCUACGCACGUUCAGUCUACUGGACCAGGAGAUGAUCCCGAGGUAGACCGAUUGCUUCAAGAGGAUGGCAAUGAGUCUCCGCCAUAUUCGCCAAGCGAGAAUAUUGACCCUGACAUUGUCUGGUGUGGUCCGUUAAAAAUGACCAACGUAGCGGAGAUUGAAGUUGUUGCUAAAUAUGCGGGUGGUGCUGAUCUAAGCAAGGUGAGAGGUAUUGCUUGGAAAGAUCUAAUCCCGCCUGUAAUCACGGUGUGUGGUCGCGUGGACGAAGAGAAGGGCACCCCUUACCUUUGUGGCCUACGAUAUAACAAUCAGGUCGAUUUAGUAAUUACCAGGCUUUUGCCAUCCCGCUCGGAGAACGCCAGUAAGCGAAAGGAAUUUUUCGCUCUCAUUGACUAUUUUUUGUCCCGUCAACGAUAUGGCGUUGUAGGAGAGAAGAGGUCUGGCAAUGUGCGCGAUACAUAUCUAGUGCCUGUGCCGCCGGGUAAUGGCCCAAUUCCUGAGCCAAUUCAAAAUAUCUGCGAUCACCUCAUUCCAGAGGAUCGUCCUGAACCUAUGCUACUUAUGGUGUUCAUCUAUCGAGACGAAAAGCAAGCUCAGAUACCUGUGGAGGAACAGCUAUCUGAAAUUCAGCUCGCCUCCUCAGUAACGUCAGCUCAAGGUGGACCGGCACACCUGUCACAGUCAGGCUCCGGUCCUUCAUGGUCACCCGCAACCCCGCAAGGAUCGAUUUACAGCCAGACGCCAGUCCCUGCCCCGAGGAUUCCAGGAAUCGUCUCCCAGAAUAUGCCUCCGUACCAGGCUUCGCCAACGGCUCCGGCGAUGGUGACUCAAGAUCCUAUGGUUCCUGUUCUACGGGCUGCGCAGGCUGAAGGGGAAGCUAAAGCUCGCGAAGUACUAGGUCCGCUUUUUGUGUGUUCGACUGUGGCCUUCUUGCUUCCCCAUGCUGCUAGAAUGAAGGAGGGGGAGUGGACUGCAGUGCGCAGAGCUCUUGAGCGUGAUCCAAGGUCUCGAGACGACUUGAAGCUUUUGAGCAAGCUCUUAACUGAUGAGGGGAACAACAACCGUAAGAGCGGGCCCCCGACGAACUCGGUAUCAUCUGGUGUCAUUCAGAACACUCUUGCCGCCUCGGGCAAUGAAGGGUCGCCGCCAGUGGCCCAGUCUCAGACUUGA